AUGGAGAGCCAACUUGAGAAUGAUAUGAUUAGCAUAUUUACAAAGAGUGUAUCUUCAAAUUUUGAAGAUGUAAAAUAUAGUGAGGAGAAGAUUAAUAAUUUAUAUAAUGAUAGUAAGAAAGAAGAAUAUAUAAAGAUAAUGUUAAAAUUAAUUAUGUAUCCUUAUAAUGAAAGUAAUGAUAAGAAGAAUGUUUAUGAUAAUACUUUAAAUAAGAAUGUAAAAGUUAGUAUGCUGAUUAGUAUAAAGAAUUUUAUAAAGAAGAGUGUACAUAGUAAUUUAGAAAAUAUGGAAUUAAGUAAUGAUGUUUGUAUCUUUAUAAAACAUAUAUGUUUACAUGUAUUAUUAGAUAUAAAUAAUGAAGAUAUAAAAAGUUUACAUAAAUAUUUUUUUGAGAUUUUAUUUAAUUUAUUUAAAUUUAAUAUAUGUGAUGAUUAUGAUUAUUUAUUAUUUUAUAUUAUCAUUCUAUAUAUUAAUGAUUAUAAUUAUAUGGAUCUAGUACAAAUAUUUAAUAAUGAAGAAAAAAAAAAAAAUGCAGAUUCUUUCAAAAUUAUUGAAUGUAUUAUGUUAUAUAUACAAAAUAAAUCUAUCAUAGAAAAUAUUAAUCAACAUAAUUUUUUUCUAGAAUAUAAUAAAAUAAUGCAAAAUCUGGAAACUAUCAAAAAUAUUAUAAUUAAUAGAAACAAUUCUUUAAAUGAUGAUAUAAUUAAUUAUAUUAAUAAUACUAAGAGGAUAUAUAAAUCGGAUGAUAAGUAUAAUUUAUUUAUGUUGAAUGAUCUUCUUUUAUAUAAUAUAUCACAAGGAGAUGGGAUCACCAUGAACAAUAAUAAUAAUAAUAAUAAUAAUAAUAUGCUCAAUAAUAAUCCUCACAAUAAUAAUAAUAAUAGUAAUAAUAAUUUUUAUAGUGACAUUCAAGGAUUAACAUUCAAUUUCAAUUUUCAAGGCAAAGGAACCAUAAGCAAGGACUAUAAUAAUAAUAUAAAAUCUAUUGAUACAAACACAUUAUUUCAUAAUAACCUUAUGAUGAAUAUCUUUUCUAAUAUGGAUUCUAAUCGUUUUAAAAAAAAGUAUAUAGCCUUAAAAAUUAUAAGAAAAAUUUUAAAGAAAUAUAAAAAUAAUGACUAUGUAUCCAAAUAUGAUUUGAAAAUUAUAUUAACACAUAUUGAAUAUCCAAUUACAUUAUAUUUUAUUUAUUUAUAUAACAAAUUAAAUGAAUAUACUAAUUAUAUUAAUUUAAAAUUAAAUACUUCAACAAAUAAUUUUAAUACAUCUAAUAAUAAUGAUAUGAUAAAUAAAGAACUAAAUAGUUGUUUUUAUAAUAUGAAUCAUAUAUUAAUGAAUAUGCAUGUAUUCUUAAAAAUAUUCUACAAUAUUAAUAUGAUAGACUUACCAGAAUAUUAUGAGGAUAAUUUUGAUAUCUUUUUUAAUAUUUUCUAUAAUUUCUUAUUAUAUGAUGAAAAUGUUUUAAAUAAUUAUUAUAACCAUUUGAAUGUCAUGAAAACGGUUAUGAUAGGUGAUGCUGUCACCAUGCAUGGGACUCACAAUAAUAUGAAUAGCAUGAAUAGUAUGAAUAAUAUGAAUAAUAUAAAUAACAUGAAUAGUAUGAAUAAUUUUAGUGUCACCUCAAGUGAUGUAUUAAAAUGUAAAGAUGAUUUUAAUCAGAAUUUAUUAAAGUGCAAAAUAAUGAUUAUAGAUGUUAUAAAAAUAUUAUCUGAAAAUUAUCAAGAUGAAUCCAAAAUGUAUGUAAUCAAAUUAAUAUGUUCAUUAAUACAACUAUUAUAUAAAGAAAAAGAUAAAAUAUUAAUAUGUCACAACUAUAAUUGUUUAUCAUCUAGUAUAAAGUUAAUUCAUCAUAUGACCUUAGAAAAUAAUGAUUUGAAUCCAUAUAAAGAUAAAGUAUUUGUAGAAAAGGUAAUAGAACGUGUAUUAGAUCAUAUACGUUUAAAAAGUAUAGAUAUUGAUGAAAUAUUAGAAGCAGAUCUAGAAUAUUUUAGACAUGAUUUAAAUAAUGUAAAUUCAUUUUCAAUACGUUCCACAUCUAUAUAUUUUUUAAAAACAUUAUGCAAUAAUUAUUUUGACUUAUGUUUUCCAAUUUUAGAAUUUAAAAUACUAACAAAAGAUACAUUAUUAAUGUUGACAUCUGAUGGUGUUCAUAUGAAUAAUAAAACAUCUGAGAAUUUAUUAAACAUGUCAAAUAUAAAUAAUAUGUGUAUUAAUAAGAAUGAUCCAUGUUAUGAGGCUUGUAAUGUUGAAUAUAAGGUUCAAUUAAUAACUUGUUUAAAUCAUUCUAAUUUAGCACAGAAUUUUUAUGAGCAUAUGAUAAAAGAUUUAAUGAAUGAAUUUCUUAUGACAAUAAAGAUGAAAUAUAAUAAUAUGGAUAUAUUGUGUUAUAAUAUUGACAGUUAUAAUUUUGAGAACCACCAUAUGAAUAACACCCUAAAUAGUAAUAAUAAUAUGAAUAGUAAUAGUAAUAGUAAUAUGUGUGUGUGGUUAAGAGAUGAUGAUAUGUUUAAUACAUCUAAUAGUAUUUAUUUAUUAUCUAUAUUAAAAUAUUUAUUAAAUAAUAGAAAUAUAUGUAAUACAAAUAAUGUUUUAGAUAUAUUUUUAUUUUUACAUUUCUUAUUAUAUAAUGAAAAAAUAAUGAUACAUAAUUAUGCAUGUCUAUGUAUAAAUAGGAUAUUAAAUCAGACAUUAAAUGAGAAUAUUUAUAAGAUAUUAUUAGAUAGUAAUUUGAUACAAUCUAUAUUGAAAAGAUUAUUAUUUUUAUUAAAAUAUAAUGUAUAUAAUAAAAUAUUAAAUGAAUAUAUAUUAAUAACAAUAUUAAGAAUAUUUCUUAUAUUUACAUAUAAAAUAUCAGAUUUUUAUGUUAUGAUAUUAUUAAUUAUAGAUCAAAUUAUUAAAUUAAUAAUAAAUGAUUCACAUAAUCCUUUAUUUAAUCAUUAUUUAUUUGAAUUAUUAACAGUUAUUAUAUCAUUAAUAUAUAAAUCACAAGUACAACAACAUAUACAACAAAUAGAAGAUGUUAUUAUUACAACAUUUUCACAAAUACUACAAAUUUAUAUACAUGAUUUUAUUCCAUAUGUAUUUCAAAUUUUAUCUAUUAUUGUUGAUAAUACAAAUAAUAUACAAAAAAUACAUAUCAAAAUUUUAAAUCAUUUAUAUGAAAUAGAAUUAUGGAAAAGUACUAUUGGAAAUGUAAAUGGAAUUAUAUGUGUUCUAAAAAGUUAUUUUAAAAAAUAUAAUAUCUUUAAUGAUAUUAUCAAAACAAACAUGCAACAAUUAUUUAAUAUUUAUCAUUAUUGUUUAUCAAAUAAAAAAUUAUAUACAGACUCUUUUCAAAUUAUUCUUAGUAUAUUUACAUACUUACCUUUAAAUUCAUAUGAAUCUUUCUUAAAACCUUUAUUCGUCUUACUAUUCACUUUCUUACAGCAUUAUAAAAAUGAUAUAAUUAAAAUUAAAGUCGUUCAUUCGUUGUCUGUAUUUAUAUUAAAGUCGGACGUUUCGCUUUUUGUAGCAACACUGGACACAAUUCAGCAAGGCCUCAUUUUUAAUGUCCUCAAGAGCCUCUACCUACCCAUUCUCGAUAAACUAAUAAACGUAAACGAAAAAAUUAUCAUAUUCCUUGCACUCACAAAAUUAAUAAAUCACGAAAAAAUCAGAAACGAGCCCUUUGUUGUAGACAUUUUAAAUUCUUUAAACAAAAAUAUAACCAGUAAUGAAUUAGUUUUAAAAAAAAGUAAGAUACAACAUUUAGAUGUUGAAAAAGAUGAAAUGGAUCAAAAUUUUGAGGUGACAUAUGUGAAGUUACAAAUGAUCAAUAAUGAAAAUGUAAACGAGAUGGUACUAAAAAAUAUAAAUAUCAAUGAUGAACUCAAACAAAAUUUAUAUAACCAACACUUCAUGCAAAUAUGUCACAAUAAUGCUUUUAAUACAAUUCUUCAACUAUUUAAUAAUUAA